AGAAAAAAAUGUAAUAACCUAUUAGAACUACUUUGGUUAAUGUCGUAAUAUAACUAGAGUUUUGAUAAUAUUUGAUGAUAUUGUUCUUUUUACAUAAAUUUUAAGGAUUGCUUAGUUCAACAUUAAUAAGGAUUAUGAGAAAUCACGGACCAAUUUUUAACUGGCAAGUUGUAGCGAAGUUUAUUGUAGUUUUCUUUACACUAACUUCUCAAUUGAUAUAUGUUGAAAGUGUGGGGUGUGAGCAAGAAGGUGUGUGCGCAUGUGUUUUUGAAAAUGGAAGCAGAAUUGACCUGGCUGAACUUGGAAGUAAUACAGGAGUACCUUUAAUAAAGGAUUUAAAAGGAGAUGGAGACUACAUGUACUCAUUCAACCCGUGCUUUCCGUUUAACGAGGGAACUUGUCUUAAUGUAGCUGGUUGUCAAACUAGCGAUUUUGAUUUGUUUUACGCGAUUGGAGAUGCCAGCAGCGGUCUUCUGACGUUUAACAUUUCGUCUGGUUAUUUAGUGGGUAGAUAUACCAGUACUGAUGAGCUUGGAGUAAGCAGAACUUCAUAUGUCUCCUUCAUAUGUGACGCAACAGCAGAAACACCAAAGUUAGAGGUCAUUGGCGAAACAUCACUACGUACUUAUACAUUUGCAAUUACAUCAAAGCAUGCCUGUGUAGUGCAUAAACCUACACCUCCGAAACCAACUAAAAGCUGCCAUACAAACUACGGAGAUUUUAUCAAAAGAUGUGAAAUUGAGUACGAUGGUCAUGAGGAACCCGUGAAAGUUUUAUUCAUCCGAAACUGGAAUGGCAUAUGUAAAUUCCCGUCAAGCCAGGACAUUGCUGUGACAAUCUACUCGGAGAGUUCGACUUGUGCUGGCGUUGCCAAUAGAUGUCAUCCUGCUCAGCCGUUCUCAGUCAAUGGUGAUGUUUGCAAAGAAAUUCAUAACUGAAACAGUUGCAUUUUCAAAGCAUAAUAUUUACACCUGAAAAUAAGUUUAGCACACCCGGCAUUUUGCCUCAAUUUUGAUAUGACCACAACUGAAAUUUUAAAUGUUUUUGGGCAAUGGUACAAACAACCUAUAAUCAACCUGCAACAACUGGAACAAGCUGUGCACCAAGAAAAAAUAUAUAUCUCUAAAUUGCAAUAGACGCCUUAUUUGUAGAAUGAGAAGAAGGGUUGAUGCUAUCAUCCGGGCACGUGGUGAUCACACACAUUAUUGUUAUUAAAACCUUGGCUACUUAAUGUAUUUUUAGGUCGAAUAAUCGUCAACAUUUAUCAAAAAUAUCCUCCAGUAAAUGUUCUGUAAACGCUCCAACAGCAUUUUAUAAACACUUACAUUUUUAGUAAAAAUCAACACAUUUGCUAAUGCCUCAAUAAUUUGAUUAAACAAAGUAAACCCAUAAAUUUACUAGUUUAUGAAUACUAACUUUGUACCACUAAUUAUUUAAUUACUAUUUCUUAGCUCAAUUAAGUCGUCAUCUCAUGACAGUGCUUUUAAUAACAAGCAAUUUCAAAUUUUCGAUGUAUGCUUAACUUAUUUCCAGGUGUAUAUAUCUGUAGGGAAUAAUAGUUGUAAAACAUUGUUUAUCAAAGAUUUUAUGAUAUGAUUACAUUUCGAUUUGAGUUUUGAAACAUUAUCAAUUAGCGAUUCUA